UCUUUGGAACAAAAUUGAAGGUUUGGUAGCUGGCGUGUCCUGUAGACACACUGACAGUACGUGGUAGUACUAUAACAGUGUCAGCAAACAACGUGCCAACGAGGCUGAAGAACAGAGGUCGACAAUGGCUGUCCACCUCCAGCAAGCACCGGCAUGGUUCAUCUCGCUGGCCUUCCUCGGCGCCCUCUGCGUCGCGGCGCUCACGUCCCGCCUCCUCGUCCACCUGACGGUGUGCCUGCGCCGGCCCAAGGACCUCCGCCGGAGCUACGGCACGUGGGCCGUCGUCACCGGCCCGACGUCCGGCAUCGGCCGGUCCGUCGCCCUGGAGCUCGCACGCCGCGGCCUCAACCUGGUUCUCGUCGACCUCAGCGCCGCCAAUCUACAGGAAGUCUCCGACACGAUCAGGUCUCGGCACGCCGUGAAGACCGUGUCCGUGGUGUUCGACCUCUCGCUCGUCUCCACUCCACAAGGCGAUGAGGCGAUGCGGCGUCUCCGGAAAGCCGUGAAGGGGCUGGACGUGGGGGUUCUGGUGAACAACGCCGGCGUGGCGAAGCCGGGCGCGGUGUUCCUGCACGAGGCCGACGCGGAGGCGUGGGUUCGGAUGAUCCGGGUGAACCUGUGGGCGGUGACGGAGGUGACCGCCGCGGUGCUGCCGGGGAUGGUGGAGCGGGGCCGGGGCGCCGUCGUGAACAUGGGGUCGGCGUCGUCGGCCGUCCCUUCCUUCCCCCUCCACACCAUGUACUCCGCCACCAAACGGUACGUCGCUCAGUUCUCCAGAAGCCUCUACGUGGAGUACAAGAGCAAAGGGAUAGAUGUGCAAUGCCAUGCGCCCUUCUUCGUGGCGACCACAAUGCUGUCGGGCUUCUCGGGAAUCUGGCGCCCAUCGGCGUUCGUGCCCACCACCGACGCCUACGCGCGUAAGGCGGUGCGCUGGAUCGGGCAGGGCGGCCCGCUCUGCGUGCCCAACCUCAGGCACCGCCUCCUGCGCUGCCUCCUCGCCGCCGUGCCGGACUCCCUCCACGACUGGGUCUGCCUGCGCGGGAACCUGCGGACAAGGAAGAUGCUCCAAAGGGCACCAGUGUGCACCCUGCGUGGAUGACAUGAAUCUAGCUGAGAAGAGAUAAAAUCGUCUCUGCUACCAAAUCCAAGAGUUUACUUUUCCCUUCUACCUUUUCAUCAACAUGUAAGGCCUAAUAGAAUGUUCUUUUUUCCCCAAAAAACUUCUGUGCGAUUGCUCAAGACAAAAUGUCAAAUUGGUUCAUUUU